AUGUCUCAUUUUUUAGCCGAAACUCUGCAUUUAGAAAAGAAGGAAGUGAAGCUCAAGCUUAAGCCUAAGGGUGGAACUCAUGAUUUUACUCUGAAUUUUUUGGUAGAGAAGGUCGCUGCCUUUGCUGAUGUUGGAAGUUGGAACGCUUUCAAUGUUGUUUUCUCUUUGCUCAUCUAUGGGAUCGUGUUGUUUCCUAGUAUGGAAGACUUUGUGGACCUAGCAUUUAUUCACAUCUUCCUGUCCAAGAAUUCGGUUCCUAUGCUUCUUGCUGACACUUACUACUCCAUCCAUGUAAGGAUUCACAAGAAGAAGGUUAUUAUCAUGUGUUGUGUUCAUUUGCUCUAUAGGUGGUUUAUUUCUCACCUGCCCAACAAGGGUCCUUUCGUUGAGAACAAAUACAAUCUCAAAUGGUCUCAGAGGAUCAUGUCUCUAACCGUUGAAGAUAUUCUAUGGUACUCUAGAGCUUAUGUCGAUGUCAAGGUCAUCCUUAAUUAUGGAAAUUUCCACAAUUUUCCCCUCAUAUGUAUAAAGGGUGGAAUUAACUAUAAUCCAAGGUUGGCAUUACGUCGGUUGGGUUACCCGUUGCUAUGCAAGCUAAAUCCCGAGCAUGUGGAGGAGUUUGUUUUGUUUGAAGGGGUUGACAACCCAAAGUUUCUAAAGAAGAUCGUCAGAGCUUGGAGGGAGGUUCGUCUUCAAGGAAUGUCUGAGUUAGGGAAGAAGAAUUGCAUCGCCAAGGAAGCCUAUACACAUAGGGUCAAAGACAAAGUUGAAAAAAAAUUGUUUUCGUUUCCAUCUGAGCCAUCUAUGAACAUCCAACAGCUUGUGCUUAUAGUUUUUCCUACUUUCGGGGUUGGGAAUCUCAAGGAGUCUAUCAAGAUCUUAGAGAAAGAGAAUGUUAAUCUACGAUCUAAUCUUGGUAGGAUUAUAAGGGAGAAGGAAGACUUAGAGCUUAACCUCAACCAAAAGAUAGCAAUGACAUCCCGAGCGGUGGAGGAAGUUGAAGAGGAGCAAAUCAAGAGGAGAAAAGUAAGUGACGCUUUAAAAGGGACUAUUGACAGCAUAUUUUCCAAGAAUAAAUAG